AUGUCUUUUGCUGCCAACGGGAAGAGUGCGCUGCCUCCAGCGGAAAGCUUUUCAGAGGGCCCCUUUGGGCUUUCUUCUGAUCCUGCUUCUUUGAAGCAGACCGUAUAUUCUUCUGCCUCGACCAUUAUCAGCCAAACCAUCUAUUCUUUGGCCAGCACCAUUUUCUCCUUUGAAAGUUUGGGCGCCGAAAACUUUGUGGAUGGGGAAUUGCAGCUUUGGGCGCAACAGUAUCGCCGCCCUAAUGCUGUAGGCGCCGUGCCUCCUUUGCAUCGGCUCGAGCCCCGCACGGGCGCUGCGCAUGCUCUCUUGGGGUAUGCGCGCAACGGUGCCCCUACUACGGCCGUGUUGGGCUGCCAAAUGCGGUGUCGUACAAUGCAACCCAGUUUUAGCAAGCCCCUGCCCCGGGGUCCGAUCUGCUUGCAUGUGAGCGCAGUCGACUAUGAUGUGGAGCUGAGCACUUAUGUGUCCAGCUACGCGGGUGCGGUGGCUGCCGCCCGUGCUGCCGGUCGCCCAGUGGUGAGUGCAGUGGACUCGCGCGCCCUGGAUUUGCAGCACUCGACCAUCUUUGCGCACUUUCUCUCGGCCGCCACGCGCGCCCCAGCGCUUCAUGUGUUUGACGGCCCAGAGUUCGCACGCACUUUUGCGCGCUUCCACGGCGUCAUGUCUGUGCCCGCGCUUGGCCGUUUGUACCAGCAACUUCUUGCUGUUGGAAGUGGUGCACCUGCCAGCAUCGAUGCGGCUGUCGACUGGGCUUUUGCAACAUACAACAAGGAGGCUGGCACAAAUUUGCAGCCAUUUGAGUAUGUGGGCCAUGCAUCGCCCGAGACUGUGUUUGUGGUGCAUGGUGCGCAUGAGGCCGCACAGCUCAAGGCUGUAGUGAAGCGUGCUGCCCAAACGGCUCCAGUCGGUGUUGUUACUGUUCGUGUGCCUUUCCCAUUCAGCCAGGCUCGCUUCACCGAAGUUAUUCCUUUGACAACUAAGAACGUGGUGGUAUUGUCUGCCGAAGAGGGCUCAGCAUUGAAGGCCGACGCUGCCGCUGCAUUGUUCUUUGCCGGUCGCUUUUCCCUGGUCGUUGUGGACGAGUUCAUCUAUCCACCUAACUUUGUUUGGUCGCCCAUCACCGUGUUGAAGGUUGUGACCGAGUUUGCACCUUCUGUCGACCAUGCUGUCGUGUUGGCAAGCGAGCGUGCCCCAGUCGGUGAGAUAACGGCCAACACCUCCCCUGAGGGGGCCUUUUUGGUGUGGGCUAAGGACAACAGUGAUGUUGUCCACACGGCUGGAAAGUUGGCACUCUCUUUGUCUUUGGACAACUCCAAGGAACGUGAGUAUCAGAAACAAGUUUGA